CCUUCAGCUAUCCACAUGGGUGUGCCCUCACUCAUGUCCCUCCUUCAUCAAAACUGCAAGCAAACUUCCGAGACUCUCUCACUCUUGGACCGACUCAUCCGACUCGGACGUGUUCUUCGGUGCCUUUGUCUUAGCGGCUCCGGCUGGGGAAACUCCGAGUUUGUUUAUAGAGAAAGAAAGAGAACCCCAGGGCAGACAAUGGACAACUCUUGGAGUCGUACGAUUUGGGGAUUAUUCUUAGUGCAGCUGAGCCUGGCCCAGAUCGAACUGAACAUUACCUGCAGAUAUGCAGGGGUUUAUCACGUUGAGAAAAAUGGUCGAUACAGUAUUUCUCGAACCGAGGCUGCUGACCUUUGUAAGGCUUUUAAUAGCACCCUCCCUACCCUGGCACAGAUGGAACAAGCAUUGAGUAUCGGGUUCGAGACUUGCAGGUAUGGAUUCAUAGAUGGACAUGUUGUAAUCCCACGAAAGACGCCCAGGUUUCUCUGUGCAGCAAAUAACACUGGGGUAUAUAUCCUUCCCUCAAAUAUGUCUCAAUAUGACACAUACUGCUUCAAUGCCUCAGCCCCACUGGACAAAGAAGACUGCUCAUCUGUCACAGACAUACCAAGUAUAUUUGAAGGACAAAUCACCAUAGGCAUUGUAAACCCUGAUGGAACCCGCUAUACUAAGAAAGGCGAAUAUCGGACAAAUCCUGAAGAUAUCAACCCCAGCUUCAAUCCAGAUGAUGAUGGGAGCAGUGGGUCUGCAGGAGAGAGGAGCACUACGGGUGGUUCCACCAUCAUUCAGACAACAUACGAUGAUGUAACGCCUACUUCCUUCCAAGACCAUGAAAGCUUUCCUUCUGUCACCAGUAUGGACUCAGCUAUCAUCUCAGCAGACCUGGAACCAAAUGAGGAAAGCGAAGAAGAAAGAGAAAAAUCUCCCAGUUAUUCUGGAUCAGGCAUUGAUGAUGAUGAAGAUUUUAUCAGUACCACUUCAGCUUCAACACGUGCUACAAGUCAUGAAACGAUCCAAGACUGGCAACCCUGGGCUCAUGGUCACCCAAAUCCUGAAGAACAACCUCAAACAACAGCAAAAGUGACUGGUAAUGCUAUUGUGGACAUGAACAGAAGUGAUGAUAGGGCUCAUGGUGAAAAUUCAACCCAAGAAUCACAGCCUUCUCUUGUUCCUGGUGAGAAACAUGAAGAUUAUGAUGGACAUUCUUCAAGUACAACCUUGGACAUACCUAGCAAUACAACCCAAGAAACUGCAGUCCAACAGCAAGGGUGGGAAUGGUUUUUGAAUCAUCCUCAGCCACCAAAUGAAGAUGCUGAGCCAACAGCAGAGACAACGGCCCAGGACACAUAUUCCAGGCAGGAAACAACAUCCCAGAGGCAAGAUGAUUCCUGGAUAGGCUACCUUGAUCCAAUUUCCCAUCCAGUGGAACACUACAAUCCAACAGGAAGGAACAUGGAUGGAAAACAUACUGAAACAUCUACCCAUGAUCCAAUGGGAGGUGGUACCUCUUUUUUCUCAGAUUUUAAUGAGGAACUACCCCUCAGUCCACCUUCUACCCCUAUGAGUACUGUGACAUCCGGAGUUACUGAAGUUAUCUUUCCAGGAGGUUUUGAUUCCAGAAAUGAAAAAUUCCAAACAGAUACAGCACCUCACCACUCAACCGCAGAUCCCAAGGAAGGGUGGCUAGAAGACAAAGGCACCACACAUUAUCCUCCGAUGGCCACUGCAGAACACAAUCACCCUCAGAGCACCUCCAGACCGCAUACAGGUUUGGAAGACGGCCACAAGCAUUCCCCAGCUCCUUCUCCAACGUCUCUCACAGAUGGAGAUGAUGGAUUAGAAUAUGGAAGCCUUCCUGAAGACUCAACCACUCCUGUUGAAGAUUCCUUCAUUCAUUUCCCAGGCAAAAAUGAGAACACAGCCCAUUCCUCAGUGACCCCCGUGACUACUGGGUUACCAGGAGUUACUAAACCUACUGUUUCAGAAAGUUUUAUUCCUGAUAAUACGCGGGUCCCUUCAGAUCACGACGACUCGCGUGCUGGUCAACCUCGCUGGCCUGCUGUUACAGCAUAUUCAACACCAGUCCCUGAUGGAAACCAAGGUCAAUCUGAACAAAAUCCCAACCUUAAAAGGAAGCCCAAAAUUCCAGAAUGGCUGAUUAUCCUCUCAGCUCUCUUGGCACUGGCUCUGAUCCUGGCUGUCUGCAUUGCUGUCAACAGUAGGAGAAGGUGUGGGCAAAAGAAGAAGCUGGUGAUUAACAAUGGUAAUGGAGCAGUGGAUGACAAGAAGACCCCUGGGCUGAAUGGCGAUGCCAGCAAGUCUCAGGAGAUGGUGCAUCUGGUGAACAAAGAGCCAUUUGAUAAUCAGAUGGGGCAAGAUGAGUGUAUGACAGCUGAUGAAACCCGGAACCUGCAGAAUGUCGAUAUGAAGAUUGGAGUAUAAGACCAGCCAGGCCUGCUUGUCAAAAGAGAGUUGGGGACAUCACCGUUCCAUGGAACUGGGACUAACUCAGAUGCAAUGUGCUACUGAUAGUCAUGUUGGCUUUUUUUUUAAUCAAAUUUUUUUUUCUCAUCCUU